UUAUACAUUAUAUGGAGUGAUAGGCAGAAAUGAAUGCGUCAUUUCAUUCCACUUUCUCCACCGCCACUCCUCCUCCGCCUGCAAGCUCACACACCUAUUAGUCUACACCUCGAAAGUGGUUUUGUUGUUUUCUUCGUUUUUUCCACCUCUGCUUCUUACUAUAUUCGUAUUGAUUUGAGGUGAAAUUGGACUUUUAAAAAACUCUUCAAAAUCAAUCCAUCCGCCAACCAUACAACCAAAGCGCGUCUCUCUUGGCUGUUCUGUUUCCCUUUUUCCUUCUCUUUCUCUCCUGAGAAUUGAAGGAAAGAGAUCCCUCCCCGGGCCCCUGCUUAAAUAAACAGAUCCUCGGUAAUUUCAGCUUUUCCGGAGAUGGAGACCGAAAACAAGAAGUCGGCGGUAUCGGAUGUUGGAGCAUGGGCCAUGAACGUUAUCAGUUCCGUCGGCAUUAUUAUGGCUAAUAAGCAACUCAUGUCCUCUAGCGGUUUUGCUUUUAGCUUUGCCACGACCUUAACGGGUUUCCAUUUUGCGGUAACUGCUCUGGUGGGACUUGUGUCCAAUGCGACUGGCUUAUCUGUAUCAAAGCAUGUUCCAAUGUGGGAGCUUCUCUGGUUCUCUAUUGUUGCUAAUAUGUCUAUCACUGGCAUGAACUUCAGCCUUAUGCUUAACUCCGUCGGAUUCUAUCAAAUUUCUAAACUCAGUAUGAUUCCUGUGGUUUGCGUCAUGGAAUGGAUUCUUCAUAACAAGCAAUACUCGAGAGAAGUCAAGUCAUCUGUUGUGCUUGUAGUUAUAGGUGUUGGCGUUUGCACUGUCACUGAUGUCAAGGUUAAUGCCAAAGGUUUUAUUUGUGCCUGUGUAGCUGUUCUGUCUACGUCUUUGCAGCAAAUUACUAUAGGUUCCUUACAAAAGAAGUACUCAAUUGGAUCAUUUGAACUGUUAAGUAGAACAGCUCCAAUUCAAGCCCUUUCUCUUCUUAUUGUUGGUCCAUUUGUUGACUACUACCUCAAUGGAAAAUUUAUAACAACAUAUAAGAUGUCUACCGGUGCCAUUUUAUUUAUAAUUCUUUCAUGUUCCCUAGCUGUGUUCUGCAAUGUGAGUCAGUACCUCUGUAUUGGAAGAUUCUCAGCAGUUUCCUUCCAGGUUUUAGGUCACAUGAAAACAGUUUGUGUUCUCACACUGGGAUGGCUGCUCUUUGAUUCUGCGUUGACUUUUAAGAAUAUAAUGGGGAUGGUUAUUGCAGUAGCUGGCAUGGUUGUUUAUAGUUGGGCUGUAGAGGCUGAAAAGAGAGCAAGUGCCAAGGCCAUAGCCCUUACGAAGAACAGUCUGACAGAAGAGGAAAUCAGACUUCUGAAAGAGGGAGUGGCAAGCACUCCUGUGAAGGAUGUUGAACUUGGCGAGUCUAAAGGAUAGGUAUGCUUGGCUGGACAUGGACAUUCAUCGUCAGUUCUGCUUAUUAGUAAUUAUGCUGCAUGUUUAUGUGGCUGCAAGACCGUGCGCAUCCGCUGACCCCUCACACAAAAUCCCAGAAACGUGUUCUAUUUUAUUUAAGUAAUUUGUUCUUUAAUUUAAUUCUUGGUUGUUUUAAAUUAUUUUUUGUAUGUGCAAAAGAGAUUAGCGAUGAAAUCUUGAUGUGAUAAAGGAAAUGUAAAACUCUAUGUCUCAGCAGAAAGCUCUUAGGAAGCAAUAGAAUCGUGUUCUUUGCUAUUUAAA